AUGGAUCACGCGUGGUACGCGCGCGACGUCGCCGACCUGCUGCGUUGGCGCCGGGUCGCGACCGCCGUCUGGGGAUCUGCGAUGUCCAUCCUCGCCGCGCUCGCCUACUUGGCGUUCGCGCGGUUCAGGCCGACGCCGUGGGGCGUGGUCGCCGCGACCCUCUCGCCGACGGAGUGGACUAAGCGCGUCGCGCACGCGCUCGCGCUCGCGCUCGCGCAGCUCCCCGCGCACAUCACCGCCGUCGCGCUCAUGCGUCCGAGCCUCGCGCCCCUGCGCAUCGUCGGCGGCGACGACGACGGCGCGGUCGAUCCGUACGGGGGCUUCGCCGAGCCCGGGAGCGCCGGGCGGUUCGCGGCCAGUCGCGUCCCGCCGCACCUCUUCCCCGCCGGGUUCGGGCCCUCGCGAUGGUGCGCCACCCCGUCCCCGACGAACACCGCAGCCGCCGAGGCGAAGGAUGCCAUCGCCCAUCUCACCGCCUUCGCCGCGCACGUGCUCUCCGGCGCGGCUUCGUGCGUCGCGCUGCGUCGCGGCGCCGUAACAUCCUCAUCGGAGGGACUCGUGCACGCCGCGAGGUUCGGCGCCGUCCUCGGCGCGCUCGUGGCGGCGCACUUCGCGGGAACGGGCGCGCGUAACUGCGCGUUCCCGGCGGCUGCUCGACCGCGAUGGAUGCGAGUCAAGCGAUGCGCCCCCGCGGCGGCGUGGAGAGGGAUUUGGUUUUCGCUCGCCGCCGCGGGUGCGCACGCGGGGUUACGCGUGGCACUCACCCUGAGGGGCGAGAUGGCGACGGCGGACGGCGUCGUCUCGCUCGUUCGCGUCGUCUUUGACUUUUGGUUCCGGGAAGUCUCCGACGCGUUCCGGAUGGUUCCGUGCGGGUUCGCGUGCGCCGGGGGUUGGCUCGCGGCGCGCGCAGCCGCCAACGUGGUGCUCACCGAGCGGUACAAAUUCCUGCCCCAGUCCCUCGCGGACGGGCCGGUGUCGGCGUCCGCGCCGCUGCUCGCGAGCUUAGUCGCGAGCGAGACGCCCUUUGCGCAACACGCGGCGUACCAGGACCUGUGCGCCGUGUGCGAAGACGGCGGCGGCGGUCGCAGGGCGCUGCUGCUCGCGGAUAAGAGGGGCGACGCGUACGCGCCCGCGAUGGCCGCCGCGCUCGCGCCGGUCAUCGCGGUGACGUGCGCGAUGCGCGCGGCGCUGGACGCGGCGGAGCGCGCGGACAGGGGCAUCGUCGGCGGCGCGUGGAAAUCGGGUUCGAACAAAUUAGCGACGACGGGGGGCGGGGUCAAGCUGAGAGUCGCGUCGUCGAGGGCGACGGGCGCGGCGGACGCGAUGGGCGCGGUGGACGGCGGUAGGUCCGCGCCACCGACGGCCACGGCGCCACCGACGGCCACCAACGACGCGGGCGGCGCGAGCGCGGGCGACCUCGCGGGCGCGGCGGCUUGGAGCAUGAUCGCGGACGAGUGGGGCGUGUCGCCCUCCGCGCCGCCGCCGCCGGCCGCGUCGCGUGCGUCCCGAGCCCUCGACGACGCGACGCCGGCGACCCAGGGAGCGAGCGGGCCGAAGAUGUACGCACCGGAUCGAGCGAGCCACUCCUCCGCCCCCACCUCCGGCGCGACGCUCACCGCUCGGCAGCUCCGGCACCAGAUGGAGCGGCCCGUCGUCGCGGCGGCGGAGGAAUGCGUCGCCGCCAUCGCCGCCUACGGAAGACUGGCGUCGUGGGGCGCGCGCGCGGCCGCCGCGCUCGCCGGCGUGGACGCCCGCGGCGACCCCAACGGCGUCGUCGGCGCUCGAGCCCCGACGGCGGCGCAGACUGUUCGCGUCUUGCUCGCGGCGACGCACGCGGCGCGCGAGUGCGAACGCGCCGGCGCGGGGGCGUUCGGCGCGGGGGCGCUCGGUCGCGGCGCGUCGUCGUCGUCGUCGAGUCGGAGGAUGUCGCCGCGCGUGCCCCAUCUGGCGCCCGCGGCGGGGCCCGCGGCGGCGCUGGCGGAUGCGUUUCAGACGGCACUUUUCGGGUUAGUGUCGAGAUACGGCGGCGACGAAGUUCGCGCGAUGGCGGCGGGCGGGGACCCGGCGGCGGUUGGCGAGUUUGGCGACGCGUCCGGGUUGAACGGCGAGACGCGCGGGGUCGACGCGGUCGGCGGGUUGGCGGGUUUGACGGGCGCGGCGCGGCGGGAGGCGGAGAUCGCGCGCGGUCUGCGCGCGCCCGUCGAGCUGGAGAGGACGCUCGAGGCGCUCCUCAAGUGGGAAUGA